UGCACAAAAGAAUGAAACAGACCUCCUCUUCAUCAUGAGAUCUGCUGUGAUGAGGCUGUUUGUAAGCGAUGAGGAGUCUUAAGUCAGGAGGCUUUUACUCGAUAUAUCAAAUAAAUUAUGUGGCUUUAGAUUUCAGUAUUUCAAACACUGAAUGUUAUAGCGUACAGUCCAAAUGAACACUCAGGAGUGCAACUGCAACUCAUACAAAUCAAUGCUGAAAGCCAUGCAUGAUUGCAGCCAGUUAGUUGACCCUCUAGUCUCAGACCUUUAAAGGAUCUUCCAUGGUCUAAAGAUCCUGGUGUGCAGACACUGCAAAGUUUUACCCAAGAAGAAGACUCGCAAGUUGCAUUUACUGACAGAGUGGCUCCUCUACGUGCUGACUUAAAACUCCUGUCAUCAAGAGAUUUCUUAGUCUUUAUUGUUGUAUAAAGUUAGCACUUUGACACUACAGAGUAUUAAAUCCAUUCAUCUUCUACUGCUUUGUCAUCCACAGGAGGAUCCAGAUUGAAAAGUGAUUUUCUCCAGAAAAGAGUGAAAGAAAGAAGAGGGAACACUUUGUACGCUGAGUAGCGACAACAUUCUUUACAAUUCUUAACCACCGCUUUGCAUGUGAGUGUGUGAACGGAGCCUCCAAACCAUGGUGGUUUCAGUAUGUGACCUUCCACCACGUAAAACUCCUUUGUUCUCUCACACACACACAUACACUGUGCUGCAUCAGCCUAUGUGUAAAGGUCAAUUUCAGUACUCAGGAAAGUGUCUGUCCCCUCUAAACAUGAACCACAGGUGUUUCAUUACUUCUAAAAUGCGUCUUUCACUUCCUGGCUCGUCGCUGUGCGAGGCUGUGUUCCUGCCUUAGAGGUGAGUCUAACAUUUCAAUGUACAUCUGUUUAAACACAUCAUUUUUAAUAGAGGCAGUCAUGGGUCAAACACGGUACGAGAUUAGAGUUCUUGCAUUUCAGUUUGUGCGUGUAUAGUUUUGCAAAGGAGAAUGAAUAUUUUGUAACUUGAUUUAAUUUCUCACUGUACAUGAUUAAAUGCAUCUUUGUAACAUUCUGACCUGCUGCUGUGUUAUGUGUGGUACAGGCAAAGAUUCUUAUUAUUUUGUCCCAGAUAUUAUUUUGUGUCCAUGUACUACGAUGUGUAUCUGCCCUCUCUACGUUGGCUCUUCUAGCAGGGGGCACUGUAAAGUCUCAUCACACAGAAGACAACUAAUGCAUGACUUAUCUCUGUCACACAGCUUCUGGCCGAGUCAUACAACUGCUGGUUUAUCUGCUCCGACACACACCCUCUCAGUAGGGAAGUGUCAUUCUACCUCCCCCUCCACCUCCUUUUUUGCUGACUCCCCUGCUCACCCUCUCCUCUUUUCAUCUCCUCGCCUCACCCCUCGCUGAAUGCCAGGAGCUUCUAGUCAUGGAGCAGAAGACAGUCACACACCAACCGGGACUGUUGGUUACCAGAGACUCAACAUCGGAGUUUGAAGAGGAGGGGAGUUUCACUCACCCGAGGUCAAACAACACCUCUGCAGUGACAGACCCUAUAAUGACACAGCCCGGACUCGGCGUCACCACGACCACCAUCACCACUGUCACGCAGACGGGAGGAGGCUGGAGCAGCGGCUUGUUCGACAUCUGUGGAGACAAAACUACAUGUAUUCUUGGAGCUCUGGUGCCCUGCUGUUUAGACCUGAGUUUAGCUCACCAGUACGGUGAGUGCCUGUGCAUGCCGCUGUUACCAGGUUCCACUUUUGCCAUGCGAGUUGGGAUCAGAGAGAGGUACAAGAUACGGGGGAGUGUGUGCGAGGACUGGACCACAGUGUAUUGCUGUUACCCUCUGGCUAUGUGUCAGAUGAUAAGAGAGAUGAAGUGGAGAAUGAAGACUCAGACAUAUCAUGUGUCCACUGCCCUUGAGUGCUCCUGAGGAAACUCCAGAGAUUGCAGAAGCAGUCACUGGGAGCAGAUACAUGUAGCACCGAGAAUCUGAUGUAAUUCUCAGACACCGUUCAUCCAUAUAUUACCCGGUCCACUUAAAUCUUUGACGGUCACAGGUGGAGCUGGAGUCACUCUCGGCUGACAUUGGGAUGCAGAGACAACAGUGGCAACCACUGAAGCUUGCAUUCACACCUAUGGUGAGUUUGCAAAGUCUUUGGACUGUGAGAGGAAGCCGGAAUAUCCUGAGAAAACGCAGAAAUUACACAGAAAGGCCCCAGUUGAACUGGGAUUUAGACCAAGAUCCUUAUCCGCAAUAGUAUUAACCACUUGACCACUGUGCUGUCCACUCUCAGAUACCAAAAAAGCUAACUUUAUUCUGAAUGUUAUGUAUACACCUUAACCCCAACAAGAUAUCAAGACUAGAUCAGAACCAAAACAGUUUAAUGUGUAUUAGUUAAACCUGCUGACGAGUGUAGCUGACUCAUUUCUUACAAGAAUAAUCACCAUCUCUGGUGUCUAAGCAUGUUUAGUUUCAGUUGUUUUAGAAACGUAAGCCUCAGAUAUGUCUUUAUAAACACAGACACCCUGAGAAGUAACGUAUUCAUCCAAAAAACAUUAAGAUCGCUGUCGACACUUCAUGGGCUUUUUGCACAGCAGCCAUUUUGGUACAUUUUAGCAGGAAAAGCUCCGGUGUUACUUUUAACACAUUAACAAUGGUCAGGACAGUGUGCAAGUGAACCAGCACGCACCCUGAUGAAAUGAGAAAGCUAAGUGGAACUCAGCCAUCGUGCCAACCUGUGAUUGUCCUAGCGUGACCUGUCAAAAUGGCUGCUGUGCACGAAGCCCGUUCCUGUGGGCAGAAAGCAUACAGAUGAGGUGAAAUCCCGUUACGAUUUCUGCAAAACACUCACAUUUAAGUCAGUCUCGCGUACCAAAAGGUCACCAGACACAUUCAAUGUGUUCAGAUCGCCCUCAGACAAAGAGGGAAGGUGAUGUGCAGAAAUAUAAGGUGUUUCGGUAAAUUGAAAAAUGGGAAUAAAUCUAAGUCUCGCUCUCAAAUUUGGCUGUCACAUCAGUUGUUACGUAAACAUUCACUCGCUGUCGUUACAAGAAAAGGAGCUGAUUUAUUUCAUCGUGAACAUGUGUGCGACUCCAUUCAGUAUGCAAACCACUUGUCUUAAGCCACAGUGGAGCUCAGAUUGCAGUUCAACAGUUCAAGUACAGUGUGAUGAUGACAAAGUCUAUUUCCAUAUUCCUGUUCUUCUUUUCCCUCAUCCUGUUCCCCGACUCAGCCUCAGGCUGUUCAAUCAUACCAUUAAUCCUGUCCUGAUGGCUGCGGUUCCCCCGAACCUGAAAUGCCACCCGGCAAGGAUAUGAAAAUGUUGUUUAUCCACAAACAGAUGGGUCCUUAAAUGCCAAAUAUGUCAUUUGUAAACUUCUACAGAUGUGAAUUAUAAAACCCCAGUCCUAUUUAUUCAUAGUGCACUUCACUCUUCAUGUAGUUAAUCUGCAGAAUGACAAUCAAUGUGAUUUUAAAGCCACUGUUACUCUCACAUCUGAUUAUUUUGUAGGCGGUUUGAGUGCGUCGGACGUCCUCAUCCCUAACCAAGGACAAUCCGAAUCAAAUCAAAGCCUCCAAAAACAAAGGUAAUCCACACCUGUAACACCAAGACAAACAAUUCCAGACAUUGAUCUGCACAUAUUUCUUUCUUGUGCUACACCCUGAGAGAAAAUACCACAUUGCUUUCCACUGUGAGGUGUUUCACUCGAUAGUUUGUGUCCCUCUGUGGACAUUUUUAAUUCAGAAUCACACAGCCAGCCCGUAAUAUACCACACUGUACCCAUACAGAUCAAAGAAGCAACGGCAAACACAUACACAAUUUUGCAAUUAAAAUAAUCCCAGCUGAACGACAUUCUUAAAAUACAUCUUUACAUCUUUGUAGCUCAAAAAUAUAGAAUAUAAUCAUACUGAUGAGGAAGCUGCAAUAUCUAUAUACCGUUUAAAAACAGGCGUCAAAUAUACUCAAACUAUAGGGCCCCAGUGUUCCCUGAUGACACCAGGAUGGAUAAAUGCUCCGGCAGAUCCUCUGUUCUCUGCCUUGUGGGGUUUUUAGCGAGCAGGAGCUGCCUCGAGCAGCGCUGCCUUCAGGCACCGUGUAGCAUCUCCAGAUGUUAUCACCUCCGCAUUAGGAAAAACUCUGAUAGUUAAAUUUUUUGCAUGUCCCACUAUUCAUUUAAACUUUAUAUCUAUAUUUACAUCCCUUUUUCCAUAGUACCAACAUGAGGACUUAGUAGAGCUGCAAAAAAAAGCACAUUUAACCGUACACCAGUCUGUACAUCGCCAUAUUAUAUAGAGACCUGGUUGUUAACAGCUUCACUGGAGCUCCCGACAAAACGAAUAACAGUCCCUAUAGAAACACUUUCAGUGAUGCCUGCAGCUUAUCCAGCAUUAUUGUUAUCAUUAUUGUGGGGGCAGUGUUUCUGGAAUUAGAUGAUUAUUGCACUUGUCAGCGUUUCCUCCCUGUGAGCACCAGCAACACAAUUCCCUCAAUUCAAACGUGCUGUAUGUUGUCUCAUGUAUGAAAUAAAUGUGACUGCACUUCAACCCCAA